UUGGCCAUGAGUUUAUCCGCUACUGACUUGAUACCAAGAUCCAUUACGCCAACUCCACGUGAAGUCGAUCCGGGAUCAAAUGUGUCUGGUGAAUCAAGGUCUGGACCCACAUGUUACGCGAUCGGUCCGAAAUGUCUCGCGAAAGAACGCUUUCAGCUCACAGUACGUUUUCAGACGGUCACCGGUUUGACCUCAUUGAUCCCACUGGAACGUGAGUUGUCCUCAGAGGGACCUCCCGGAUUCUAUCUAUCCUGUGAACUGCUAGGAUCGGCCUGUUCGUCGAAACGGUUCGACAAUUUGGCUCAGCACUCUUUUCGGGCAGAUGAACACACGGUUUACGUGAAAUCAACUGUUAGUAUUCUACGAGCCUACUUCGCCCAAUCCACCCCAUUGACGGUGAAUUUGUGCUAUGGUUCCCGAUCACUGGCUCAUGCCUUGAUCCCAAUUGAUAAACUGAUACGCCCAAACGAUCGUCUACUGAAUGAAUCAGCACUGCUCGAGGGUAAAUAUGAGGUGAGUUGCUGUCAAACUGUUCAUUAUCAUACUCGCACAUCAGCAUAA